UGCUAUUCUCGCAGAAGAAGAGCCUUUCCUUUGUGAUCUGUGGCUUCGUCUGAGUGAACGAACUACGAAAGAUGGCUUCGUCAAAGCCGCUUCAUGUACUGUUUGUGGGAGCGGGCGCCGUUGGAUGCUUUUAUGCCUCCAGAAUCCACAGUCCCGCUGCUGGUGUACUCGUGUCCUUGGUGUGUCGGUCAAACUACAAGACCGUUGCACAAUCCGGUGUGCAGAUGAAGACGCAUACAUUUGGAGACUAUCAGUUCCGACCGCACGAGGUGUACUCUUCGAUAAACGACGCAGCAACGUCAACUAGGGCGCCCAGCGAAGGGUGGGACUAUGUCGUUGUCACUACGAAGGCUCUACCGGAUAUCACGGACGACUCUAAAGACAUUGAACCUCUAAUUCGAAAGGCACCCAACGGCAAGACCUGCAUUGUUCUAAUACAGAAUGGUGUCGGCGUCGAAGAGCCACAUCGUCAAAGGUUCCCAAGGAAUCCCCUUGUCAGCGCCGUAACCAUCAUCAGUGCCGAGCAGAUCAGUCACGGUGUUGUCCGACAGAACCGGUGGACGAGGAUCAGCUUUGGCGCCUACUCCGAUGGGCUCGGUGGCAAAACACCUGAAGCAAGCGAGCUGAGGAUACGUGGAGACGCUUGCGUUAAGCAGCUUGUUGAAUUGUACUCUAUGAUUGGGAAGCUUAGGGAUGCAGAACAUUACGAUGAAGUAGGGUUGCAGCAUGUACGGUGGCACAAGAUCUGCAUCAACGGCUCCAUGAACCCGUCGGCGGUCAUGGCAGGUGGUAUCGGAAAUGCAGACAUGGUCAUGAACCCAGAGCUGCGAGAACACCUUCAGGCAUGUAUGUAUGAAGUCUUUGACGCCGCGCCGAAGAUCUUGGGCGUGGAGUUCCCGGCGAAGCUGGCAAAGCCAGAAGCAAUUCUCAAGAGCACGGAAAGAAACAAAGGGGGAAAGCCGAGCAUGCUUGUGGAUUGGGAAGCAGGCCGCCCGAUGGAGCUCGAGGUCAUCCUCGGAAAUCCUAUACGAAUUGCUCGCAGGCACGGCGUGGAGAUGCCUAGGUUACAGAGCAUGUAUGCUCUGUUGAAGUCGGCACAAGCACAACGGAAUGCUGCUAAGGAGACGGCUGCAAAAGCAAGCUUGUAGGCCUUGGCUGGGGGGGAAUGGACACCGAUCAAGCUACUCGCCUCACCUUUGAGAUCAACAUCUAGAAUAACCCUGUCAAGGAGACUUGAACUGUACAUAAAGCCGUGCGACAGUUGCUCCGGGUACGCGUUGGCCUUGCCAGGCCCAGCACAAGCUGGUGAAGCCACGCAGCACCCCCAAAAAAGCACGCCAUCAUGCUUAGUUUACAGCGUCACAAGGUACCGCAGCUGUUCUAAAGCACAUCCACCGUUCAGCCCUGCUACCGUUGCGUUUCCCUUCCAAUGUCUUUUUCAUCGCCAACCGAGGACAUGAGUUCUUCGUUAUACUUCAGAAACAUCGCGACUGGUCUCUGCUAAACGUGGUGAUAUCGUGUCAAAUUGUUUCCUUGGAAGUUGGCAGGACCGUCCCACUGUCACGAAAGUUGCUUAUGGGGUACUCGGUACCUGCAUUAUAUUUGCCCUACCUAGCCCGUCGACUAGACCGGGGCGAAGCUUCAGAAUAGUCUUGGCAGUGGUUAGCUCUCUGGUCCGUGAUUCCAGACCUUGUGUCUCGCUUAGCUAUGAGCUUUGGGGGCUCACACCUGGACAAGCAGUGAGCCCAGUUGAUUUGGCUCGCCGUUGUCCCACUGAUGAUGCAAAUGUGAGUUGGCUCAACUUGAGAUAGGCAAGGGUGUAUUCGAGACGCUAGGGUGUUGCGUCCCUCGCACGGCCUGGCUCUGCAAGUGCACGCGGUGUAGCUACGUCUGUCACAAGAUGAGGCGACGGCCCGAGUAAGCCUCGCUUAAACUUACCUUUGCGUCAUACCGCGAGUAAUCUUGAAUACAUCGUGCUGUCAUAUCAGUCCGCAACGUCUCGUGCACCACUGAAAAUGG